UUUUAAUAAUUCAUUUAAUGUUAUUAUUCCGUAAUGUAAGAACUCGUUCAUCUUCUAAUUUCAAACACCUUCUCUCUCGUUCAAAAGCCCUAAACAGAGUAAUCUUUUGCCCCAAAACAGUGAUUCCCCAAAUCACUGUACACCUUCUCUCUUGUUCUCACUAAACAAGCGAUUCCCCCAAAUCACUGUAAUGUUCAUUUAUAGCCUUGAUAGGUAGCCAAGGAAUCUAAAACAGCUGGAGUAAUUCUGUAUCCCUUUGAUGUGGUGCUUUGUUUGAAAGCCAUGCCAAUUGAUAAAUCUUGGAUUAGCAAACCACGAAAUAUACUUGAAUACGCGGAUGGGCUUAGAAAAUUUCUGGAUUUUACUUUUGAGUAUGGGUCUAUUGAUGGGCGUGUACUUAAGUAUCCGUGCCCGAAAUAUGGUUUUAACAAGUGGCAAAGAAGAAAUGUAGUUGAAGAACACCUGACUUGUAAGCCUUUUUCCAAAAAAUUAUAAAGUUUGGUAUUUGCAUGGUGAAGAAUCAAAUCCAACUAUGCCACAAACGUUUCAGAGCACACAUGUCAUAGAAGAAACUCCGCAGCCCCAAUAUCCAAUGGUAACCAUGAUUAACGAUGCAUUUGGGUUCAUAGGGAACAAUGUCAAUGAGCCUGGUGUGUCUUGUGAGCCUAUGAAUAGUGAAGAAAGAUUUAAUGAAGAGCAUAAUGAAGAAUAUGCACAGUUCUAUGAGCUGGUAGAAGAUGGCAAUCAACCAUUAUAUGAAGGGGAAGAUAAAGGCUUACAAGAAUGCAAAAAGUACAAGACAUCUAGGUGGAAGGACAAUAAAAAGAAGCAGCCUGCAAAGAUUUUGUGCUACUUUCCACUAAAGCCAAGGCUACAAAGAUUGUUCAUGUGCUCUAAAACUGUUGAGUCUAUGAGAUGCCAUUCUUCUGCGGGUAACCAAGAUGGAUUGAUGAGGCAUCCAAGGGAUUCUCAAGCAUGGAAAGCAUUUGACUUGCUUCAUCCUGAAUUUGCUGUAGAUCCUCGGAAUAAGAAACAGGGAAAAGAAGUUGAUCGCGGCAAAGUGUGGACUGAGACUCAUAGGAGGAAAGAUGGGAGUUAUGUGAAUGUUCAAGCUAGGGAGAUUGGGGAAAGAAUUGAAGAAAUUCGAAGACAAAGACCAGAAAAUCGGGCAGAAAUUUCACCGAAUGACGCGCUUGGUGUAAUCUUCGGUCCCGAGCACCCUGGCCGUGUUCGAGGCUUAGGCAUGGGUGCAGUUCCAACUGUAGUAUUCAAGCAAACAUCAAGACGAGGUGGUGGUUCUUAUAUGGGCGCAGCUAGCACUAGUGCUCCACCUCCACAAUGGGUGCAAGAGAUGGCAAAUAUGAGAUCACGAUUAAAUGCGCUAACAAGCUUAUUUCAAAUGAAAAUAGGAAAUAUCCCGAGGAGUUUGCUCACUUAUUUCCGACUCCUUCACAGGAGAUCCAUCAAAUAAGAUUGGACACCAAUGUGGCUGCCUUGUGCAAGUGUUCCGGAUAUAACACCGGAACACUUAUUAUUGAUUUAAGAAGGCAUGUGGAUGGAGGAAACUCUGAGUUGUAUGAAAACUGAUUGUAAAAUACUUGGAGUGGAAACUAAUAUGAGUUAAAAAACAAAUAGAGAGGCUGAGACACAUAGGACUUGUUAAAGAAAAGUCCUCUAAAUCAAAGGAUGGUUUCUCUGUGGUGGCUUGGCGCUUUGUGGAUAACUUAAAGGAUCUCCAAAUGGUUGGAAGAUCCCAUGUACCACGUUUGUUGAGAAUAUUGGUGUUGAUAUUUUACCAUCAUCGUAUUGUGUUGUGGCCGUUGCUGCUGUAGCAUCAUGUGUUGUUGUUGCAUCAUCUGCUGCUGUUGCAUCAUUUGUUGUUGUUGCUGCUGAGACAGUAACAUUUGUACGUUUGUUGGAGGGGCUAUGUGGUAUGACAUUGCAAAGGGAUCAUCGUGAUUGAUUGAACUCUGUCCAGGCAUUUCAUACCCAUACCCCGCGCUGUAGCCAGCCUGUUGCAGCUGUAUUUGCCUCCUGGAUGCAUCGUCUUCAUAUAAACUGUCGAGUAGUAGCUCGAAUCCUCCAGCCUGAAGAAAACAAUAUCAUAAAGCUUCACAGAUAUCCUGCCUAGAUACAGUUUCAGUUAGCUUCAAUUGUUGCUCCCUGUUAAAAAUUUGUCCAUCCUUCAUCACCUCUGGAUUUAUGGCAGGGAUCCUUCUAGCUUUUGUCCUUAGCAAUUGCUUGUAGAAUCCAAGAAUUUCUUCAGUAAUUGCCUCUUCAUUCUAAAUUAAUUGGCCAUUUUCCUUUACCAGACUGUUUAUCCUAUGUUGUCUUCAUUGAAGCAUAAGAAAAGGAAGUAUUUGGAUCCCCUAGCCUUAGCCACUGAUUCCUGUAUUUCUAUUUAGGCUUAGCCAAUUUCUAUUCCUGUAUUAUCUUGGUUCCUCCAAUUUCAAUGUUAAGUUAUGCAGGCACCCAAUUUAGGAGAUGGUGUUGGAGAUGGCAUUGGAGAUGGCGUUGGAGAUGACGUUGGAGAUGGUGUUCCGUCACCAACUGAGCCUAGAAGAUCCUUUGACGGAAGUAACUAUGAAAAUGGAGAAACCAAUAAUUAGUAAUCAUUGUUAGGAUGAACUAUGUUUUUUUGUGUUGUAACUAUUGAGUAACUCUCUUAACUCUACGCACCUUAAACUUGAAUCUUGGAUGAUGUGGAUUUUGGGUAUGUUUUAAUGAUGAAUAUUUUGCUUA